UAUUUAAGUAAAUAGAAGCACCCCCCCACUAUAUGCUGCUCUGCUGGGACGACGGGCAGGUUCCCUGCUGCUCACCGCUUACAUAAUGUCCGUGUCGCUGGCCCUGGGCAUGGGACAAGCUGCCAAACUGAAGAUUCUGGCGUCAAGUUCAAGGCAGUGGCAAUGGAUUUCACUGCGUCGAUCUUUGAAUCAAGACUUGACAACGGCACUGCGACCUUUCUACUUUGCCGUACAUCCGGAUUUCUUUGCGCAGCAUCCCGAACAGCGAAACACCAACGAAAACUCCUUGAAAUUGCUGAGCGAGCAUCUCGAAUCUUUAUACGAGCGCAGGCCGCAACGGAGUGCCGAUGCCCAAGUACUCAAGUUCUAUGUGCGGACCAGUGCAGACGCCAAUAAACGGGAUUCCUUUCGGCUGAUUCAGAUCCGCACGGACUGGCAGAGCACAAGGGACCCGAAGACAUUCAUUCAGAGCCUGCUAGAGUCGUGCAAUCUCUCUACGGACUAUGUGAGGACCAUUAAGGCCCAGCCGGAACCCCCAAAGAGCUCGGAUACGAGCAUGGCCUAUAAGCCGGGCCAGGACUACCACUACGACAAGGAAUUUUCCGAGUUCGAAUCUCAACUGAGGAAUGAGCGGGCAAGUAUGCGUCCUGUUCUGACCACUUGGCUGGAGGAGAAUGCGGACAAGGCUAAGCAGCGGGCCAAGGAAACGGCCGAGCUGCAGGCCGAGAUUAAUAAGCUGCAAAAGGUGUUAGUGGAGAAGCUGAAGCUACGCGAUGCCCGCUACGAAUGCGGCUGGAACAUCGAACACUAUCGUGGCUGCCUGAAGACCCUGGAGCGCCUGGCCAACACCCACUUGGCGGAGAUGGCACCGUUGCGGGAUCGUAUUGUGGUCUUUGCACCCUUCACAGGCGUCAGCCUGGAGGGACAUGUCAUGCUGUUCACCGGAGACGUUCUGAACAAUUGGAUUGACUUUAUCAAGAACAUUCCGCAUCACGACACCUACCUCAAGGUGGUGCCCAUCUACGAGCAGACGCUCUCGCAGGUGCUGCGCGGCAUUCAGAUAGGACGUCGCAAGUUUAUGCCAAAGACGCAGGCCCGUGGAUAUGCUAACUACCUCAUGAAAGUAACAACGUCGCUCGGCGACUAUCUGGGGAAGCAAAAAUACCCGAAGAACUGGCCGGAGACGCUGCACGAAUUCACCAUCGUCGUGGAAUCAGAGGCGGGUCCUCUGAUGGUCAGUCCAACGGGUCAAUUCAUCACCCCGGCCACCUGUCCCGGCCUAAUACUGGUGGACUUCAUCAGCCAGAAUAUGCAAUCUUCGCGUGAGCUAAUGAACAAGUACGCCGAGGACAAACACAUCGAGCAGGAGCUCAUGGAUGAGUGCAUGGAGCAUCUGCGGCUGCAAUCGCUGACUAAGGACGAUGCUGUCACACCCGAUAAGAUGAUUGUGGCCCUGAGGGAUCUGUCCCAAAUGCAGCUGCCGCAUUUGGAACAAGUCAAGCUCCAUAUAACGAACUACUAUUCCGUUCUAACCGAUGGAGUUGUGUGCAUACCCUGGGACUCUAUGCAGAGCUAGGUGGCAUCGCUGCAAUCUUCGACGCUCCAGGUGCACUCCUCUCGAUGGGCUGCAAAUUCAGAUG